UCCACUUUAGCUAUAGUGGGAGAGGGUUCUGUAAAAAAAGAUUGUCAAUGAUGCCGUGGCUAUCAUUUGAUGCAUGAAAAACGCUUUCCGGCUGCGGUAAUCACGGAUGAAGCUGUCCUGCACCAUAUGGUGCAUAGUGGGCAUCUGCCGUUCCUCCUAAAACUGUUAGCACUCAUGUGAGGUUGUGUUCAACGUACGCAGUCAAUAUAAACCCUUUAUAAUGUUAGCCUAUAUAUCCUCGCAAUUGUGUCUGACUCAGAUAAGUCUGUUACUGCUUACUGUUGCUCAUGCACAUGUCCAGUCCAAGUCAGAAUACUCGAGUCAACUGUGAAUCCUCACAGUCAUUGGCACAGCCACACACUGCCCCGAAUGAUUCAGGGAGCUUUUUCGACCAAUUUCCACGCAAGUGGGUUACUCCAGAAUCCUUUAUUCUGCGGCAUAUCUUCAAAAUAUGCUGCCUCAUAUUCACCUGGCACGACGAUCUGCACUGGCUGCAUGACCUCUUGAAAGAAGGAAACACCUGGGAAGAGCUGCAUCGUCAAUAUCUGACCCAGCUCAAUCAAGUGAGCAUCGUGCAAGGACUAGUGCUUACCACUGCGGCGGUUUUUAUCUCCUCAAACCCACCGCUUGCGAAACAAGUCAACUACGCAUCUUCUGCAUCUUAUGCCUGUAUGGCAGAGUCGCUCGUCUUUUCGUUGUUUGGGCUAUUGUUCCAGCUGAAGGCAUCUGCCUCUGGAUUCCUUUUCAAAAGCGUAGUGCUGCAGAAGUACGGAUUUUAUUGUCAGAGUGGAAGGCCAGCGUUGACCUCAUCACAGAUCAUAAUUGAGAGACGCUGGAGAAUUUUCUGGCACCUCCUAGGUUUGGCAGUACCAAUCAUUAUCUUUAGCAUAUCAGUUGUGCUUUUGCUCAUAGCCAUCGUGCUCACGGGGUUCGUAUCUCACUCCGAAACUGUUCGACUUUAUAUGAGCAUAACAUUUGCUUUCCUUGGCGCUUGUCAUUUGGUGUCGAUUCUGGGUUCACCAUUCUACCAUUAUUUAUCGGACCUAUGCAUCCGCGCUGUUUACGACACGAGUGGUAAACGGGAUUAGUGCUGGGUCCAGAAGUUCUGUAAGUGUUCUAUGGUAUCAUUCCUUCUAGAUAACUUAGAUUCAGCCGACCAACCUGGCGCCGUUA